ACUAUCAAAGUUUUCUCUUUUUAAACCCGGUGUCCUACCAAGUUUACUAUCCUCCUCUUCUUCUUCUUCUUCUUCUCAAAGUUCUAAGCCACAAAAAAACAAUGGCUGAAAAUGAUCCCUUUUGCUGCUACCCUCAUCAUAUUGAUUGUUGCAUGCCUCUAGAGAAAUGGUCUAAGGGACUUGAUCAGCAUUCAGAAACUCUUCCUAGAAAUUCUAGGAAGGGAGCUGGUUCCAGAUCAGAGAAACCACUUGAUGCAAAGAGAGACCGCAAGAAAAAGCCGUCUAAGGAAAAAGGCUUAUGUGCAGCAAUUAGAGUCAAGUAAUGGCGGUACUGAUGAGGAUCCCCAUUACAAAUUUUUUUUGGAUCAUGUGAAGGCUCGUGGAACAUGCUAUGUAUCUGAGAUUCCUGAGCAAAAUAUUUGUAUAGAAUACCCUGAUGUGGCUCUUACGGUGGCGUCUGAGGCACAAAAUAAUGUUGGUGACUGUAGUGAGAAGGGCAGGUUGAGCCUACGGCGGUUCAGCAGGUUCCGUUUGGCUGCGGUGGUUUUGCUGGGAGCGCUGGUGGGAGGCUCUGAAUUCUGAUAAUGAUGGCUGUGUCGUUUUCCUAGUUAUUUUUGUCGCUUUAUUUAUCAUUCGGACUGUAAAACUUUAUAUUGUUAAAAUUCUUGAAUGCGUUUUUUAAUGGAAUUAAUUUUUGUUUUGGUUAAAUUGUUAGUGCCAUCAGUGUGUUCUGU